AUGAAGAAGUACAUUGAGGAUAUGAUGAUACCCCAUUGUCUUAUGACUUGCACUUCGUUGGAGGUAUUAAGGUUGUCUUGUAGACAUCGUGUAAUCCUGCCUAGAAUUUCUGGGUUUCCUGCACUUAGGGUUCUUAAGUUGGAAAAUGUUGAGUUAUUUGACAAUGAUUUAGUGAAAUAUUUUUUUCUUGAAAGCUGCCCGUUGCUGGAGGAUUUAACGUUGUAUGAAUGUGUGGUAGACAAACUUGAUCUUCUUUGUGUUUCAUGUCCAAACCUCAAGAAGCUGACACUUCUUAACUGGUGUAAGUACUACUUGUGUAGUUCUCUUAAGCUUUCAUGCCCAAAACUGGUGUAUCUGGAUUUAAAAGGUGAAGUAGCUUCAAGUUAUAUCUUUGAAUGUCUAUACUCAUUGAAGGAAGCUGUACUUUAUCCCGAGUGCGACGCCAUAUUUAAUAAGCUGUUUCAUGAAUUUUCUCAUUUGGAAUCUUUUGCUACUAACCUUGAUUUCUUACCCGAGUGGAUUGAUGAUGCACAUGAUCUGGCUCUACAAAAUCUGAAGACUUUGGAGCUACACUCAUCAAUUGAUGAAUUUACUGCUGAACGACUCAUCCAAGCCCUUGAAUAUUGUCCUGAACUGGAGUCCCUCAGUUUAACCUUUGACAAUGUCAUCUCAUGUGAUCCAAUGGUAUUUUAUUUUAUGCAUCACAUUCUUGAAAGCAUGGUGUCUCACUUCCACAAUUUUCUUGGUUGCAAGCAUGGUGUAUUGUGCAUAUCUAAUUCCUGACAUAAGCAUAGAGGGAGAAAUUGGGUCUAUUUACCUAUAAACGGGUUAUAUUUUAUCAAAUGAGUAUAAUAAAAAGAAACACUAAAAUAGCAACAGGUCAAAUAGGCUGAACAAACUGAA